AUGUCGUCCUCAAAGGAUACGGGUGAUGUGGUGUUAUCCCUGCUUGCCGCUACCUCUCUCCUCGAAUUUCUUGAUCUCCAGCAACUCAACUGCCUCAACGAAUCCGCGGAGCACCCUUUCCAAUCCAUCGUAGCCUCAAAGAAAAGGAAUGCGACGAGUGCAUUCCUGCAGAGCGAUGCCGAUGAGCAGCUGCUGUUAAACAUUGCCUUUAAUCAAGCAGUGCGCGUACGCUCGAUCGUCAUCCAAUCUAACGAGCUAGCGGCCGCACCCAAAAAGCUGAAACUUGUCGUUAACCGGUCGAAUGUUGGAUUUGAGGAACUGGAGGAUGCUGAUGAACCUGAUGUGGCACAGGUCUUGGAGCUGAGCGAGGAAGAGGUGAAGGAGGGCAAGCAAGUCGCCCUACGAUUUGUACGAUUUCAGAAGGUCAACAGCUUACAUAUUUUCGUCGUAUCUAAUCACGGCGGCGAAGACGAGACGAGGAUCGACAAGAUCGAUGUAUUUGGCGUACCUGUCGAGACUACUAAAGAUCUCAGCGGUCUUCAUCAAGAACAUGACCAUUAG